AAUUACGUCACUCGCAGUUUCGCGCCAGUUCUGCUGCUAUCGGACGUACACACAAGAAGAGAUAAAACAGCAACAAUGUCUUCCCCAACAUCGACUCCUGGUGGCCGCAAACGAGAAAGGGACGGCAACCCCUCCACACCCAGCAGUGAGGGCCCCAUCUCUCCCCCCUCUCAGCGGCGCAGGGGCCAGGACUCCUCCAACGCAGACCUGAUGCCGAUGCCCACCUCCCCCGCCACCGACCUGCUGAGUCCAGCACCCCCUCAGGACACGUCUCUGUUCUCCAGCCCAAGACCCUCAGUCCUACCCAAUGAAGUGGACAUGAGCUCCCCUCUGAUGUACGGGACCCCCAGCUCCAGGGUUGAAGGGACCCCGCGCAGUGGGGUGCGAGGCACACCGGCCAGACAGCGUCCUGACCUGGGGUCAGUGAGGAAGGGCCCACAAGUCGAUCUCCAGUCGGAGCCGCCAACUGCUGAUGGGGCUGUAGCCAGUGAGCCUAACGCAGGCCAGAGGCUGGUGAUCUGGGGGACUGACGUGAAUGUCGGGACCUGCAAGGAGAAGUUUCAGAGGUUCCUGCAGAGAUUCAUUGACCCAACCUCCACUGAAGAUGAGAACGCUGGUCUGGACCUGAACGAGCCUUUAUACAUGCAGAAGCUGGAAGAGAUCAGUGUUGUUGGCGAUCCGGUGCUGAAUGUGAGCUGUCUGCAUGUGCAGUCCUUUGAUGCAGAACUCUACAGGCAGCUCAUCUGCUACCCACAGGAAGUCAUCCCAACCUUCGACAUGGCUGUGAACGAGCUUUUCUUUGAGCGUUUUCCGGACUCCAUCCUGGAGUUUCAGAUCCAAGUCCGCCCCUACAACGCCCUGAAAACCCGAAACAUGAGGAACCUGAACCCAGAAGACAUCGAUCAGCUGAUCACCAUCAGCGGCAUGGUGAUCCGCACCUCGCAGCUCAUCCCCGAGAUGCAGGAGGCGUUCUUCCAGUGCCAGGUGUGCGCCUUCAGCACCCGCGUGGAGGUGGAUCGCGGGCGUAUCGCAGAGCCGGCUGUGUGCCGCCACUGCAACACCACCCACAGCCUGGCGCUCGUUCACAAUCGCUCCCUAUUUUCCGACAAACAGAUGGUCAAAAUUCAAGAGUCUCCUGAUGACAUGCCGGCUGGCCAGACACCACACACAUCCAUUGUCUACGCUCACAAUGACCUGGUGGAUAAAGUGCAGCCCGGAGACCGUAUUAACAUCACUGGUGUCUACAGAGCAGUCCCCAUGCGUGCGAACCCACGUCAGAGCAACGUCAAGUCGGUGUACAAGACUCACAUCGAUGCCAUCCACUUCCGCAAGACAGACGAGAAGCGCCUGCACAGUGUGGACGAGAACUCUGAGCAGAAGCUCUUCACCGAAGACCGAGUGCAGACGCUGAAGGAGCUGGCAGCCAAACCAGACGUCUACGAACGCCUCUCCUCAGCCCUCGCACCCAGCAUCUACGAGCAUGAGGAUAUCAAAAAGGGUAUUCUGCUGCAGCUGUUUGGUGGCACUCGUAAGGACUUCAGUGAGACCGGCCGGGGAAACUUCCGUGCAGAUUUGAACAUCCUGCUCUGCGGAGACCCCGGCACCAGUAAGUCCCAGCUGCUGCAGUACGUCUUUAACCUGGUUCCCCGCGGCCAGUACACGUCGGGAAAGGGCUCCAGCGCUGUGGGUCUCACCGCCUACGUGAUGAAGGACCCCGAGACCCGGCAGCUGGUCCUGCAGACCGGAGCUCUGGUGCUGAGCGACAACGGCAUCUGCUGCAUCGACGAGUUCGACAAGAUGAGUGACAGCACGCGCUCCGUGCUGCAUGAGGUCAUGGAGCAGCAGACCCUCUCCAUUGCCAAGGCUGGAAUUAUUUGCCAGCUGAAUGCCCGCACCUCUGUGUUGGCUGCUGCUAACCCCAUUGAAUCUCAGUGGAACCCCAAAAAAACCACGAUUGAGAACAUCCAACUGCCUCACACUCUGCUGUCCAGAUUCGACCUCAUCUUCCUGAUGCUGGAUCCCCAGGACGAGGCUUACGACCGCAGGCUGGCCCACCACCUGGUGUCGCUGUACUACCAGAGCGAGGAGCAGAUUGAGGAAGAGUUCCUCGACAUGGCUGUGCUGAGGGACUACAUUGCAUAUGCACGAACAUACAUCCACCCAAGGCUGAGUGAGGAAGCCGGCCAGGCUCUAAUUGAGGCCUAUGUAGACAUGAGGAAGAUAGGCAGUGGACGGGGCAUGGUGUCCGCCUAUCCCAGACAGCUGGAGUCCCUGAUCCGCCUGUCAGAGGCCCACGCCAAGGUGCGCUUCUGUGAGAAGGUGGAGACCAUCGACGUGGAGGAGGCCAAGCGGCUGCACAGAGAGGCCCUCAAACAGUCGGCCACUGACCCCAGAACAGGAUUUGUUGACAUCUCCAUUCUCACAACAGGUAUGAGCGCCACUGCCCGCAAACGCAGGGAGGAGAUUGCCUCAGCCCUGAAGAAACUGAUCCAGGCCAGAGGAAAGACGCCUGCCAUGAAGUACCAUCAGCUGCUUGAUGAUCUCAGAGGACAAUCUGAAACUGCGAUCACUAAGGAGAUGUUUGACGAGGCGCUCCGUGCCCUGGCUGACGAGGAUUACUUGACGGUGACUGGAAAGACUGUUCGUCUCCUCGGCUAAGGCACACCCUGCAAUUAUGUACAGUCCUUCAUUUUAAAUGCUAUCCUGUGUCAACCUCUUCAUGUGCUGUAAAAACUAUUUUGUAUAAUUGAACCACCAUAUGUUUUCUGGGCGUAUUAGAUGUUUAAAUAUGCGGCAACUUAUGAUCCAGAAUAACCACAUGACUCAUUCAGACUUUGGUGUCUUGUUAAAAAAAAGAGAAAAAUAAAUGAAUGGAGCUAAUACUUAGAAUUGCUUGUAUUUCAUUACUUUACCUGUUUUCAAGUUACGUUCUUUCUGUUUUUGUUUCAUGGUAAAAAGCUCUUUUGUUUCAACUUGUACAUUGUUAUGACGAGUUUUACGUCUGUCACUUAUUUCCUAAGAUGAAUUGUCUUUGUAGCUUGCAUUGACUACUUGUUAAUAGAAGGAAAAUAAAAUAAUGCUUACUAAAAAAA